AUGUCUGGACGCGGCAAACAAGGAGGGAAGGUUCGGGCCAAGGCAAAGACCCGCUCAUCCCGGGCAGGACUCCAGUUCCCCGUCGGUCGUGUGCACAGGCUCCUCCGCAAAGGGAACUACGCCGAGAGGGUGGGCGCCGGUGCUCCGGUCUACCUGGCCGCUGUGCUGGAGUAUUUAACCGCUGAGAUCCUGGAAUUGGCCGGUAAUGCCGCCCGGGACAACAAGAAGACCCGCAUCAUCCCCCGUCACCUGCAGCUGGCCGUGCGCAAUGACGAGGAGCUGAACAAGCUGCUGCGUGGGGUGACCAUCGCCCAGGGAGGCGUCCUGCCCAACAUCCAGGCCGUGCUGCUGCCCAAGAAGACCGAGAGCAGCAAAGCGGCCAAGAGCAAGUGAUCACCGCUUAUCCCAGAUCAUCCCGAACACCAAAGGCUCUUCUAAGAGCCACCACAUUGUCUCCUACAGAGCUGGCGCCGCUGAUCUUGUCUAAUAAGGAUUAGAUUUCUUAUGACAUGUUCUUUAUACAGGGGUUAUAGUAGAACUGAAGUUUCUUUCAUUAAGUGUGAGACGGAUUGGACACCUUCACUUCUGUUUUUCGGCUCUUUAAAAAAAAUCUAAAGAAAACUGUUCCUAUAGCAGAAUGUGACCCUCCGGACAAGGACAGUUUCCUGCUCACUCCAUCCCCGCUACCCUCACUAAGAGGGAUGGGUACAGUUUCUACAUAUGGAUUUUUGGGGUGCAGCCAGCCUUUCCCCCGCGCCGCACUUAUGCCAUCUGCCACCUACCUG